AUACAAGAAAAAAAAAAAAAAAAGGAUUGAUUUUGUUUUGUUUUUUUAGGGGACUGUAACUGUUCCUUGUUACUACUUCUCUUAUCUCUCUCAUAAAGCUGUUCCACUCCUUGUAGAUUUGGUAUAGGUGGGAAGCCUCUUUCUAUUUCCCAAACCACAAAUCUUUUCAAAAGAUUCUGUUGUUUUUCAUACUCUUUUAUCUUCUUUUUCCUUUUCUUGAUUUGCCAUUAUUAGUUUUUCAAGAAACUGAAAAGCAAAAAAAAAUGGGGGAGGAGAAGCCUGAAGCUCUUGAAGCUGUUUUGAAGGAGACUGUAGAUUUGGAAAGUAUACCCAUUGAAGAGGUUUUUGAGAAUCUGAGAUGUAGCAAAGAUGGUCUCACCACUUCUGCUGCUGAACAAAGAUUAAUCAUUUUUGGGCAUAAUAAACUUGAAGAAAAAAAGGAGAGCAAAUUCCUGAAGUUUUUAGGGUUUAUGUGGAAUCCAUUAUCAUGGGUUAUGGAAGCUGCUGCUAUCAUGGCUAUAGCCCUUGCUAAUGGAGGAGGAAAGCCUCCUGAUUGGCAAGAUUUUGUGGGUAUUAUCACUUUGCUCAUAAUCAACUCCACCAUUAGUUUCAUUGAAGAAAACAAUGCUGGUAAUGCAGCAGCUGCUCUCAUGGCUAGACUGGCCCCAAAAGCAAAGAUCUUAAGAGAUGGGAAAUGGAAUGAAGAAGAUGCUUCCAUGUUAGUCCCUGGAGAUAUAAUUAGUAUAAAGUUAGGUGAUAUUAUUCCAGCCGAUGCUCGUUUGCUCGAUGGCGAUCCGUUAAAGAUUGACCAGUCGGCUUUAACCGGUGAGUCUCUCCCGGUCACAAAAGGUCCUGGUGACGGUGUCUAUUCCGGUUCGACAUGCAAACAGGGUGAAAUCGAGGCGGUUGUGAUAGCUACCGGGGUCCACACGUUCUUCGGGAAAGCUGCUCAUCUUGUUGAUAGCACAAACCAAGUUGGUCAUUUUCAGAAAGUUUUGACUGCGAUCGGGAAUUUCUGUAUUUGUUCUAUUGCUGUUGGUAUGGUGAUUGAGAUAAUUGUGAUGUUCCCGAUUCAAGAUAGGCAGUAUCGCCCCGGGAUCGAUAAUCUUCUUGUUCUUUUGAUCGGAGGAAUCCCGAUCGCUAUGCCGACCGUUCUUUCCGUAACGAUGGCUAUCGGGUCUCAUCGAUUGGCGCAACAGGGAGCGAUUACGAAAAGAAUGACAGCGAUAGAAGAAAUGGCAGGAAUGGACGUUCUUUGCAGUGACAAAACCGGAACGUUGACUUUGAACAAACUUACAGUUGACAAGAAUCUUAUCGAUGUAUUUGCCAAAGGAGUAGACGCCGAUACUGUGGUUCUGAUGGCGGCCCGAGCCUCGAGAACCGAAAAUCAAGAUGCCAUUGAUGCUGCAAUAGUCGGUAUGCUGGCUGAUCCAAAAGAGGCACGUGCUGAUAUUCAAGAGUUGCAUUUUCUGCCAUUUAAUCCUACCGAUAAGCGUACUGCAUUAACGUAUUUAGACAGUCAGGGUAAAAUGCAUAGAGUCAGCAAAGGCGCCCCCGAGCAGAUCUUGAAUCUUGCACACAACAAAUCGGACAUAGAACGCCGAGUUCAUGCUGUCAUCGACAAGUUUGCGGACCGUGGGUUAAGAUCACUUGCUGUUGCAUACCAGGAAGUUCCAGAGGGACGAAAAGAGAGUCCAGGAGGACCAUGGCAGUUCAUUGGGCUAAUGCCGCUCUUUGAUCCGCCACGUCAUGAUAGUGCCGAGACGAUACGGAGGGCUUUGAAUCUUGGAGUAAAUGUUAAAAUGAUUACAGGGGAUCAACUGGCAAUCGGGAAAGAAACCGGAAGACGUCUUGGAAUGGGAACCAACAUGUACCCUUCUUCAGCUCUGCUCGGUCAAAAUAAAGACGAGUCAAUUGCUGCUUUACCCAUCGACGAACUCAUAGAAAAAGCCGACGGUUUCGCGGGUGUUUUCCCCGAACACAAAUACGAAAUUGUAAAACGUUUACAAGCUAGGAAACACAUAUGUGGAAUGACCGGAGACGGAGUAAAUGAUGCUCCCGCCCUCAAGAAAGCCGAUAUCGGGAUUGCAGUGGCUGAUGCGACCGAUGCAGCCCGUAGCGCUUCUGACAUCGUCCUUACCGAGCCCGGGCUUAGUGUCAUCAUCAGUGCUGUUUUGACCAGCCGCGCCAUCUUCCAAAGGAUGAAAAAUUACACGAUUUAUGCGGUUUCAAUCACCAUUCGUAUUGUUCUCGGUUUCAUGCUGCUGGCUUUGAUAUGGAAGUUUGACUUCCCGCCUUUCAUGGUGCUUAUUAUCGCAAUCCUUAAUGACGGAACUAUAAUGACCAUAUCGAAGGAUAGAGUAAAACCGUCUCCUCUUCCCGAUAGCUGGAAACUGGCGGAGAUUUUCACCACCGGUGUCGUUCUCGGUAGUUACUUAGCGAUGAUGACGGUUAUAUUUUUCUGGGCGGCUUAUAAAACAGACUUCUUUCCACGUACAUUUGGCGUUCCGACCCUUGAGAAGACGGCUCACGAUGACUUCCGGAAGCUCGCUUCGGCAAUAUAUCUCCAAGUCAGCACAAUUAGUCAAGCUCUCAUUUUCGUAACGAGAUCUCGUAGCUGGUCGUUUGUGGAACGCCCGGGUUGGCUGCUUGUUAUUGCUUUUGCUAUUGCGCAAUUGGUUGCUACAUUGAUUGCGGUUUAUGCCAAUUGGAGCUUUGCUGCCGUAGAAGGAAUCGGGUGGGGAUGGGCUGGCGUUAUCUGGCUCUACAAUAUCGUCUUCUACUUCCCACUUGAUAUCAUUAAGUUCUUUAUCCGAUAUGCUCUUAGUGGGCGGGCCUGGGACCUCGUUAUCGAGAGGAGGAUUGCUUUCACAAGGCAAAAGGAUUUUGGUAAGGAACAACGUGAGCUCCAAUGGGCCCAUGCGCAACGAACCCUUCACGGGCUUGAAGUUCCUGACACCAAAAUGUUUGGUGAUCGUACCAAUGUCACUGAACUCAACCAAAUGGCCGAAGAAGCCAAACGGAGAGCUGAAAUCGCAAGGUUGAGAGAAUUGCACACGUUGAAGGGUCAUGUUGAAUCGGUGGUUAGACUCAAGGGUCUUGACAUAGAGACAAUUCAACAAGCAUACACCGUGUAAGAGACAGUUGCCGGUUAGUUGGUGAGUUACCUUUGGAACAGUCGUCUUUUAUUCGGUUAAAUUUUCUUUUCUUUUCUUUUUUUUUUGUUUAAUCUUGGCUGGUUAUAUCCCAUGUGUACUAGUGAACUGGGAAAGAUAGAACCUUUUAUGCUGUAAUAUGUUGUGCAUAUGAUGAAAAGCUUUUCGCUUCAUAGUUUUCGGGUUUCUGGUG